AGUCAGUGGUAGAACACUUGCACUUGCCUAGUCCUGAGUUCAAUCCCCAGCUCUAUCAAAGAGAGAGAGACAGAGACAUGGUCAUUUCUCUCCCUGUGGGUCUUAUACUCAAUGUAAUAUGCAUUAGAGAGAAGAUAGGGUGGUAACUUUUUCUAGGCAGGUUAUAGGAAGGAGGUCACAAUGUGUACUUUGAUGACACUGAGAGAUAAUCCUUCCUUCUGUGGGAUGCAUUUGGGACACCAACUUAUGUUAUCUCUCUGUUCUGGCAUUUUCCAUCUCAGGUCCCCUCGGAGUUCUCUUUGGGGUGACAGAAGCCAGUCUACUGCUUGCCAUGUGAGCCAUUUCCUGGGCCAGACAUGAAGCACUGUUGGAAGAUUUUUGUCCUUUGGGUCUUCUGGGUGUUCAUCUUGUGGCUGGUGAUCUCCUACCUGGAUCUGACAGCUGAAUCAUCAUCCCAGGAGAAACGGAUGUACCUGAUACCAUGGCAUCGCAACUGCUCUUGGUUUAAAUUCGGGAAGUGUGGCUGCCUAUUUGGGAACCUCAGCUGCUCCUCCUGUCACCACACAGUCAGAGAAUGGAACUGGUUUGAAGCAUGUCAUGAAAAGAUCACAGGGAUGAACCAGGCUCCUGUGCAGGACCUUGAGGCAGAUAUGGGGAACCAAAUCACAGGACCUUUCAUCUGUCCCAGCAAUGCCAGUGACCAGGGUUCCUGGAAGCAGCUGCUGUAACUUUCUGAACUAUCUGGGACUUCAAAUGCUGUGACCAACAAGCCCUCCCUGUUUGGAUUUGAAUCAGAACAGCAAAGAAAGCCAUCCUGUUGCUGAAAGAAUAACAAGCAGACCACUGGCCCCCAAGAGAUCCCGUCUAUGCAGAGUACAGAAGCAGAAAUGGAAGUUGCCAGCCAGACAGGGUGUGCUAUACAAGCUCACCAUUCAUAUGUGGCCCCCAGCCGAGACCACACAGGUCCUAUUCCUUUGGAACUGAAUGCUGGGGAGUCUUUAGAUUGCAGCAGCAGCAUGGAGACUGCAGAAACUUACAGGGGGUAAAGAACAAGAGGAAAUUGUAUGGAGAUCAGUCUGGUACUGAAUAAAAUUCUAGCCUGA